GGGCUUGGCACUCAAGGAGAAGGGGAGGAGGGGACCGCAGAAGGGGAGUGGGGAGGAGAGACAGCUGGGGGUAGGGGACAUGCCCACGCAUCGUCCCUCUUCCCGCCUACCCACUCCCCUGUGCAAGGACUCUUGUUGGAACUCCCAAAGUCAUUUCCGGAAUCCCUAUCGGAGCCGGCUCCAGGGGAGGGACCUGGGAGCUCGGGGUGCGGGGAGGCUCCCCAGGAUCCCUCCGGGGUUAGGAGAUGCGACUCACCGGGGUAAGGAGAUGGGGUGCAGCGGGCAAGAGCCCUAGGGCUGAGGUUUAUAAGCUUCCGGGAGAGGAAGAAAAGAGCCCCUCCCAAGCCGGGAGGUGUCAAGUUUCCAUCGUCGUGAAUUCUGAAGAGAGGAGACAGCCCAAUCACGCUCCCCCCACCCCAAAGCAAUCAAUCCAGGAACCCUGCGCCCCUUCCCGUCCCCACCCAGCCCACAAUAGCCUCCACUUUGUGAGGGGAAGGAGCUGCCUGGCCAGAUCCCACUCAGCAGGCAUCCUGGGGGCCCAUCCCUCCCAACACGGGGAGCCUGCACACACGCACCUCUCUAAUCAGGAGUGUGUAAGCUCUGGUAGCCACAUUUGCAGCCUCGGCCGUCUGUCCGGAACCUGCUCCCAAUACACCUAGGCUGACCGUGAGCUGCACGAUGGGCUCGGAACUGGAGACAGCGAUGGAGACUCUCAUCAAUGUGUUCCACGCCCACUCGGGCAAGGAGGGGGACAAGUACAAGCUGAGCAAGAAGGAGCUGAAAGAGCUGCUGCAGACGGAGCUCUCUGGCUUCCUGGACGCCCAGAAGGAUGCGGAUGCUGUGGACAAGGUGAUGAAGGAGCUCGACGAGAAUGGAGAUGGGGAGGUGGACUUCCAGGAGUACGUGGUGCUGGUGGCUGCCCUCACAGUGGCCUGUAACAACUUCUUCUGGGAGAACAGUUGAGCAGAUGGUCCCAUUGGGCAGCGCCCUUCCCCUCCACCCUGCCAUACCUGCCUCUUCACCCUGCUUCCCCUUCAUCCCGCUGUUCCCUCCCCACCUUCUCACCCUUGCCUACCCUCCAACAGGGGCGCAAGAGUAGUGGGCCAGGCCUGCAACUCAUCUUUCAUUAAAGGCUCCUCUCUCACCAGCCA